AUGGCUAGAUCUUUAUCGUGGGACGACCUGAAAUAUGACCUUCAGCCAUGGAUUCGUACAGCUGUUGAUGGUAUGGGCUUUGACUCCAUGACCCCGGUGCAAGCUUCGACUAUUCCUAUGUUUUGCGGGAACAAAGAUGUAGUGGUAGAGAGCGUCACCGGAUCAGGGAAAACGAUCGCUUUUGUGAUCCCCAUUCUGGAGAAAAUUGUGAAAGACGUUCUUAACGGCUCAAAACUGAAGAAGGGCCAUUUUUACUCCCUUGUAAUCUCACCAACGCGGGAGCUGUCUAGCCAAAUUCAAAGUGUAUAUGACAGCUUUCUGGCAUAUUAUCCGGAUGAUGUAUGUCCUAUAAAAUCACAACUGCUCGUCGGCUCGAGCGCUUCCUCUGUCAGGGACGACGUCAGUUCUUUUCUCGAAAACAGACCCCAGAUUCUCGUGGGAACACCGGGCAGAAUUUUAGACUUUUUAAAGUCAGUGGCUAUAAAAACAGCCUCUUGCGGCGUCACAGUGUUGGAUGAAGCUGACAAACUUUUAGAUGUCAGCUUUGAGAAGGAAGUUGAGGCCAUUUUGAACAUGCUACCCAAACAGAGACGCACGGGCCUUUUCUCUGCAACUAUCAGCAGCGCAGGAGAUCAGAUUUUCAGAACAGGUAUGCGCAAUCCAGUGAAAAUCGCUGUAAAGUCUAAGGUGCAAAACCCUGAGUCUCUGAGUAUUAAUUAUGUGGUGGUGAAGCCUCAAGACAAGCUUCAAUAUCUUCUUCACAUUCUCAAUCACAUUCAGUAUAGGAAGUGCAUCGUUUACUUCCCAACAUGUACAUCAGUCACCUACUUUUAUUCUUUCAUGAAGCACCUUUUUUCAACGGGGGAUAUGAACGAAGAUUUGGGGAUCUACUCUCUGCAUGGAAAGCUUCAGACAACUUCGAGGCUGAACACACUGGGCAAAUUUUCCUCGAGUUUAAGUAAGUCGGUGCUUUUGACCACUGAUGUCGCGGCAAGGGGAAUCGACAUUCCAGAGGUCGAUCUCGUUCUUCAGUUUGACCCUCCAACCAGUACAGAGAUGUUUUUGCACCGGUGUGGUAGAACAGGAAGGGCUAAUCGCGUAGGUAAAGCAAUCACCUUUCUCAAUGAAGGGCGGGAGGAAGAUUUCGUGAAUUUCUUGGAGGUUAAAAACAUAGAAGUUGAUGAAAUGCCUUUAACCGCCAAGCUUAUGGAAGAUUUCGCCGAUAAAUUUAAAGCGUGGGUAAUUCAGGACAGGGCUAGAUUUGAUCAUGGUAUCCGAGCAUUCGUGGGUUUCAUACGUUACUACUCAAAGCACACGGCGUCUUCGAUUUUUAGACUUCAGUCCCUCGAUUAUAUUGGAGUCGCGAAGCUGUAUGGAUUGAUCCGUCUGCCGCGAAUGCCCGAAAUUUCCAAGUAUCUUGACAAUGACUCGAUGCCCCAUGAAGGUUGGCUCAUAGAGCCAGCAUUGGACCUAGACAAAUUUGCGUUUGCUAAUCCACAAAUGGAGCGGGCCAGGCUAGACGAGCUUAAGAAAGUCAAAGAAACCAAUGACAAAAAAAAGCUUAAGAGCGAUCUAAAAAAGAAGAAUGCCGCCUGGUCCAACAAGACAUCGGCAAAAGAAUCCAAGGGAGAAAGGAAAGUUAAGAUGGCUCAGAGAAGGAAAGCCAUCGAAGAAAAAAUUGCCCGCGAAGAAGAGCGGGAUGAGAGUGAGGAGGAGGAAGAUUGGAAAGACAUGGUGAGGCGAAGCAAGAAACGGAAAACUUUCUCGCAGAUUCAGGGAGACUUUUCCGAGCUCUGUUAA